AUGGAGCUGCCGCCCCUGCUGAUGGGGCAGGUCCUCGAGUGCCUCCUGCGGGAGGGCGACGAACUGAGGGGCUGGGCCUUUGUGGCCGCCUCCUCCGCCUGCAUCGCCUGCACCGGCCUCGUGAUCGCCUGCGUCCACCGGCUCCACUCCGCGCUCGGCGUGGAGGUCCGCAGCGCCCUGGCCUGCGCCGUGUACCACCAGGUCCUGCGGCUCGGCGGGGGCACCUGCGCCAGGAUCGGGUCCCACGCUCUCAGCAGUUUCUGCUCGACGCUCGUCAGCGUGGACUGCGAGCGGGCGUACAUCCUUUGCCACUACGGCCUCUUCCUGUGGAUUGACUUUCUGAUGGUCACGGCGUGCCUGCUGCUCCUCGUGCUCGUGCUCGGGCCUGCGGGGCUCGGCGGCUGCGCGGUGCUGGUGGGCGGCACCCUGGUGCAGCGCGUGUUCAUGGGCUGGCUGGUGUCUGCGCGAAGGGACAUGCAGGCGGCCUCGGAUCGGCGCCUGGCCGCCACGCAGGAGCUCCUGGAGAACAUCCGGAGCAUCAAGAUGAUGGGGCUGGAGGGCGUACUGAGCGAGCGCAUCUGUGGCGAGAGAGGCGUGGAGCUCGCGCGCCAGCGCCGGGUCCUGCUCCUCCGCGCGCUGAACGGCUCGUUCACGUAUUGCCUCGUCCACCUCAGCCUCCUCGCAGUGCUGGUGGUGGCCCGGCAGGGCCAGCAGCAGGUCACUCUGCCAGGGCUUUUCGCUGCGCUGGCGCUCCUGAACGCCAACCGCGUGGUCUUCAUGGUCAUCCCGUUCGAGCUCGCGGCGCUGUCGGAGGGCCUGGCCUCACUGGGCCGCGUGCAGGGCUUCCUCCGCGAGGAGCGCAGCACGGGCGGCGGCGCCGGCCCCGAAGACGCUGCCCGCCCACCCCCGACGGACGCCACGGCCGAGCCCGAGCCUGCGCGCCUGCAGGUCGCGGACGGCGUCUUCGCCUGGGCCAGCGGCGGCGCGCAGGGGCGGCCCGGGCGCGACGAGCUGCGGGCGCCCGGGCUGGAGGUGCGCCCUGGAGAGCUGGCUGUGGUGGUCGGCACUUCGGGCGGCGGCAAGAGCUCCCUGUGCUCCGCGCUCCUCGGGUGGAUGCCCCGCGUCUCCGGGGAGCUCGAGGGGGGCGCCGCGGGCCCGGUGGCCUUCUGCCCGCAGGAGCCGUGGGUGCUGAGCGGCACCGUGCGGGAGAACGUCCUCGGCCACGCGGGCGGGGACGAGGAGCGCUUGUGGCAGGCCCUGCGGCUCGCCGCUCUCGAGGAGGAGGUCCGCGCGCUCCCGGGCGGCGCGGACUGCGAGAUCGGCUUCCGUGGUCUCAAUUUGAGUGGCGGGCAGAAGGCCCGGCUGGCCCUCGCGCGCGCCCUGGCGCUGCAGGGCGCGCGGGCCUACGUGCUGGACGACGCGCUCUCCAGCUUGGACCAGGCCACCGCCGAGGCGCUCGUCGAGGGCACCGUCCUCGGGCACCUGGCGGGGCGGACGCGGGUGGCGGUCCUCAACUCCCACUACGAGGCGUUGUUGCCCCACGCGCAG